UACCCCCAUCCCAAAACAAUAACCACCACCCCGUCUUAAUGCCAAGUUGAUUUAUAACGAACUUAAAGCGAGUUUCCUUAGUAUUAAGUUAACUUACCUACUCUAAGUCCCUUCUUCCUCCUUUUUCACAACUUUUUCACCCUCUCUUCUCUUUUCCCGCCCCGAUCUCUCAUUCUUGGGAACGAUCACAAAUAGACACAAGAUACCAACAUCUUUGAAAUAGAAUCUCAAGAAAGGAGUUUCCUUUCCCAGGACUGCUUUUCACCUCUCAUUAUUGGUUAUCACUUUGAUUGUAAACUGGCUUUUGUUGCCAUUUCAACAUUCGUUCUCAGCACUUGUCUUUCCCCUGUUUAACACGACAAGUAAUCAAAUUAGUUCGAGUUUCGUAGGAAGGACAACCAGCCAACCAGCCGCCCCUAACAAAAUCAGACAAUACCAAAGCAGCGGCGAACGAAUCACCGAAAAUUAAAGGGGAAAAAAAGGGAAUUUCACCACAUCUGGGCUUCCUUCUCAAAAUCAUCAACAUAUUUACUUUUUUUUUAAUAAUUGAAGAGUCACUCUUUACAGCUCAUUCGACUUUUUCGAAAGAAGAUAAACCUUAUUUUCGGAAAGGCCAAGUUCUUGUAACCUCAUUUAUUCAAUUUCAAUUCCAUUCAUCCCCACGAAAAGGUUUCCAGCUUUCCAGCUAAGAACGAACGAACCAUUCGCCUUUCUUAAUUUACACUACGGCCAUCAAUUGUGACCGCAUCUCAAGCAUUUUUGUCCAGCACGUUUUCGAUUCAAGGACUUGACCGGAAUCAUUCACUCUUCCAAUGUGCCUUUAAUUUGUGAGUUUUGAAUCUUUCCUCCCUAAUUCACCUGCAAUUAUCACACGCCAAUUACGGCGGUCGGGCACAGCGGAGUCGGAGUAGAUACUUCUUACCUACGCGCCCAGUUCAUCUGUGAUAAACCAUUCAGAUCUCAAUGUUAACAUUCCACCUACCAGUAAAUAAUUUGGAACGCAAUCAUGUCGGGACACCCACCACAACAAGGUGGUCAAUACGACGAAGGCUACGGCCAUCAACAGGGCAAUACCGAUUCUUAUUACCAAGAUGAGCACGGAGGACAACAAUAUUAUGACAAUAAUGGUGGCUACGAACAGGGCCACGGGAGUCAUCAGCAAGAAGGUGCUGAGGGAUACUAUGAUGAAUCGUAAGUGACUUGAAUAUUUUCUGGAUGGACUGGGAGCUGAUAGCAAUUUACAGAGGCUACUACAAUGCUGAUGCCAACAAUCCAUAUCAACAAGAGGGAGGGUACUACGAAGGUGGUGAUCAGCACCAAGGCCAAUAUCAAGAUGAAUACUACAACGAUCAGUACUAUGAUCAGGGGGGUGCAGCCGGCGGUGAGGCACCCCAAGCUAAACGUCGAGGCGAUUCAGAAGAGGAUUCCGAGACCUUCAGCGACUUCACCAUGAGAUCAGACAUGGCUCGAGCCACCGAUAUGGAUUACUAUGGACGCGGUGACGAGAGAUACAACAGCUACAAUGAGAGUCAAAUGGGUGGCCGUGGUUACAGACCACCAUCUUCACAAGUUUCAUAUGGUGGUAAUAGAUCCUCCGGAGCAUCGACGCCAAAUUACGGCAUGGACUACAACAACGUCCUUCCAGCUGGACAGCGAUCUAAGGAGCCGUAUCCUGCCUGGACCUCGGACGCUCAAAUUCCUCUGUCCAAAGAAGAAGUUGAGGACAUUUUCCUGGAUUUGACGGCCAAGUUUGGUUUCCAGCGUGACAGCAUGAGAAACGUUUACGAUCAUUUGAUGACUCUGCUCGAUUCAAGAGCUUCGCGUAUGACCCCGAAUCAAGCCCUUCUGUCACUACACGCAGACUAUAUCGGUGGUGACAAUGCCAACUACCGAAAAUGGUAUUUUGCUGCUCAUCUCGAUUUAGAUGACGCGGUGGGAUUCGCCAGCAUGAAAUUUGGCAAAGGGAAUCGUCGCACUCGCAAAGCCCGCAAAACAGCCAAGGCAGCAGCACCGGAUCCUCAAAACGAGGCGCAAACCCUUGAGCAAAUGGAGGGUGAUAACAGCCUUGAGGCUGCGGAGUACAGAUGGAAGACUCGUAUGAACCGAAUGUCCCAACACGAUCGAGUUCGUCAAUUGGCUCUCUACCUUCUCUGCUGGGGUGAAGCCAACCAGGUUCGAUUCAUGCCCGAAGUUCUUUGCUUCAUUUUCAAAUGUGCAGAUGACUAUCUCAACACUCCUGCCUGUCAAAACUUGGUUGAACCAGUGGAGGAAUUAACAUUCCUCAACAAUAUUAUAACGCCUCUUUACCAAUACUGUCGAGAUCAAGGCUAUGAAAUUUAUGAGGGCAAGUAUGUUCGACGAGAACGGGAUCACAAUGAGAUUAUCGGAUACGAUGAUUGCAACCAACUGUUUUGGUACCCCGAAGGUAUUGAGAGAAUCGUCCUGGAAGAUAAGUCUCGCUUGGUGGAUCUCCCCAUUGCGGAACGUUAUCUCAAACUCAAGGAUGUCAACUGGAAUAAGUCGUUUUUCAAAACGUACCUCGAAAAACGUUCUUGGUUCCACAUGUUGGUCAACUUCAAUCGCAUUUGGGUUAUCCACAUCAGUGCCUUCUGGUUCUUUACUGCUAAGAAUUCGCCAACACUCCUGGAAAAGAAUUACCAACAACAGUUGAACAAUCAACCUCCUGGUUCUGCGCAGUGGUCUGCGGUUGCCUUGGGUGGUGCAAUUGCAUGUCUUAUUAUGGUCAUCGCUACAAUCUGUGAAUGGUCCUACGUUCCUCGUCGAUGGGCAGGUGCUCAACAUUUGACCAAGAAACUGUUGUUCCUCAUCGCUGUUCUCAUUAUCAACGUCGCCCCAAGUGUUUACAUUUUCAUCAUCCCCAACACACAGAAGACGAAGCUUGCUUUAAUUUUGGGCAUUGUCCAGUUCUUCAUCGCUCUCAUCACAUACUUCUUCUUCUCGAUUAUGCCCAUGGGAGGAUUGUUUGGUAGUUAUUUGACCAGGAAUUCUAGACAGUACGUUGCUAGUCAGACCUUUACUGCCAGCUAUCCUCGUCUGACUGGUAAUGAUAUGUGGAUGUCUUACGGUCUCUGGAUCACUGUCUUCGGAGCUAAACUUGCCGAGUCCUACGUCUUCUUGACCUUGUCCUUCCGUGAUCCUAUCAGAUACUUAGCCAGUAUGGAAAUCUCCUACUGUGCUGGUGACCACCUUUUUGGCAAUGUCCUCUGCAAAUUGCAGCCCAAGAUUCUCCUUGGCCUAAUGUUCGUCACCGAUCUUACGUUGUUCUUCUUGGAUACUUUCAUGUGGUACAUUAUCAUGAACGCCGUCUUCUCAGUCGCGGGGUCCUUCUACCUCGGUGUUUCCAUCUGGACGCCAUGGAGAAAUAUCUUCUCGCGUUUGCCAAAGCGUAUUUAUUCCAAGGUUCUCGCCACGACCGAUAUGGAAAUUAAGUACAAGCCAAAGGUCCUCAUCUCUCAGAUCUGGAACGCUAUUGUCAUUUCCAUGUACAGAGAGCAUUUGCUUGCUAUCGAUCACGUCCAGAAGCUUCUCUACCAUCAAGUUCCUUCCGAACAAGAAGGCAAGAGAACUCUCCGAGCGCCAACUUUCUUCGUCUCGCAGGAAGAUCACUCUUUCAAGACCGAGUUUUUCCCAAGCCAGAGUGAGGCCGAGCGUCGUAUCUCUUUCUUCGCUCAAUCUUUGUCAACCCCUAUUCCGGAACCACUUCCAGUCGACAACAUGCCAACUUUCACUGUCAUGAUUCCGCAUUACGGAGAGAAGAUUUUGUUCUCCCUGCGUGAAAUCAUUCGUGAAGACGACCCAUACUCCCGCGUUACUAUGCUUGAGUACUUGAAGCAAUUGCACCCUCACGAGUGGGAUUGCUUCGUGAAGGAUACCAAAAUUCUUGCAGACGAGACCUCACAAUUUAAUGGCGAUUACGAAAAGGAUGAGAAGGAUACUGCCAAAAGCAAGAUUGAUGAUCUUCCCUUCUAUUGCAUAGGUUUCAAGUCGGCCGCUCCCGAGUACACUCUCCGCACACGUAUUUGGGCCUCUUUGAGAGCACAAACUCUUUACCGCACAAUCUCUGGUUUCAUGAAUUAUAGUCGUGCUAUUAAACUUCUCUAUCGUGUUGAAAAUCCCGAAGUCGUUCAAAUGUUUGGUGGCAACUCGGACAAGCUUGAACGCGAGCUUGAGCGUAUGGCCCGUCGCAAGUUUAAGCUUUGUGUUUCUAUGCAACGUUAUGCCAAAUUCAAGAAAGAGGAGAUGGAAAACACCGAGUUUCUCCUCCGUGCCUACCCUGAUCUCCAAAUCGCUUACCUGGACGAAGAAGCUCCUCUCGCCGAAGGGGAAGAGCCACGUCUUUACUCCGCUCUCAUUGAUGGUCACUCCGAAAUUAUGGAAAAUGGAAUGCGCAGACCCAAGUUCCGCAUUCAACUUUCCGGUAACCCAAUUCUUGGUGAUGGAAAAUCCGACAACCAAAACCAUGCCAUCAUCUUUUAUCGCGGCGAGUACAUUCAACUUAUUGAUGCCAAUCAAGACAACUAUUUGGAAGAAUGCUUGAAGAUUCGAAGUGUUUUGGCCGAGUUCGAGGAAAUGACAACUGAAAAUGUCUCUCCUUACACUCCUGGUGUCUCGACCCCCAAGGUCGCCCCAGUUGCCAUUCUGGGUGCCCGUGAAUAUAUUUUCUCAGAGAACAUUGGUAUUUUGGGAGAUGUCGCUGCCGGAAAGGAACAAACAUUCGGUACACUCUUCGCACGUACGCUUGCUGCCAUUGGUGGUAAGCUUCAUUAUGGACAUCCUGAUUUCCUGAACGGUAUCUUCAUGACCACGAGAGGUGGUGUUUCCAAGGCUCAGAAGGGUCUUCAUCUUAACGAGGAUAUUUAUGCUGGUAUGACUGCACUUCUUCGUGGAGGUCGCAUCAAGCAUUGCGAGUACUACCAGUGUGGUAAAGGUCGUGAUCUGGGUUUUGGCUCGAUUCUUAACUUCACCACAAAGAUUGGAACUGGUAUGGGUGAGCAAAUGCUUUCGCGUGAGUAUUACUAUCUUGGUACUCAACUUCCUAUUGACCGCUUCUUGUCCUUCUACUACGCCCAUCCUGGUUUCCAUUUGAACAACAUGUUCAUCAUGUUGUCCGUCAACCUGUUCAUGCUCUGUUUGAUCAACUUGGGAGCCCUCAGGAACCAGGUCAUCGAGUGUAAGUAUAACGUCAACGUCCCUAUUACCGAUCCACUCUAUCCAACUGGUUGUGCAAACAUCAUUCCCAUUACGAACUGGGUUUAUCGUUGCGUUAUCUCCAUCUUCAUCGUGUUCUUCAUCUCUUUUGUACCCUUGACAGUACAGGAAUUGACAGAGCGUGGUUUCUGGCGUGCGUCUACCCGUCUCGGAAAGCAAUUCAGUUCUUUGUCGCCCUUCUUCGAAGUUUUCGUAUGUCAAAUUUAUGCGAACUCUGUUCAGCAAGAUCUUUCGUUCGGUGGUGCCCGAUACAUCGGAACGGGUCGUGGUUUCGCUACUGCCCGCAUUCCCUUCGGUAUUCUCUUCUCUCGAUUCGCCGGUCCCUCGAUUUAUCUCGGAGCUAGAUUACUUAUGAUGUUGUUAUUCGCAACCAUCACUGUCUGGCAAGCUGCGUUGGUAUACUUCUGGGUUACUCUACUCGCUUUGUGCAUUUCUCCAUUCUUGUAUAAUCCUCAUCAAUUUGCCUGGAACGAUUUCUUCAUUGACUACAGAGACUACCUAAGGUGGUUGUCUCGCGGAAAUUCCCGUUCUCACGCAUCGAGUUGGAUUGCUUACUGCCGUCUCUCUCGUACUAAGAUUACAGGUUAUAAACGCAAGAUUCUUGGAGACCCAUCGGCAAAGAUGUCUGGCGACACUGCUCGUGCCACAUUCUCCAAUCUGUUCUUUGGGGAAAUCGUCGGACCUCUCAUGAUCGUUGCUCUCACCUUGAUUCCAUAUCUCUUCAUAAAUUCCCAAACUGGUGUCAUUCCAAGUAUCAACGAUGGGGCCCAAACUCAAGCAACGAACGCGUUGGUUCGUGUUGGCAUUGUAGCCUUAGCUCCUAUUGCAGUCAACGCAGGUGUCCUGGCUGUGAUGUUUAGUAUGGCUUGUUGUAUGGGACCUCUCCUUGGCAUGUGUUGCAAGAAAUUCGGAUCCGUUCUCGCCGCGAUUGCACAUGCCCUUGCCGUUGUCUUCUGCCUGGUAUUCUUCGAAGUCAUGUUCUUCUUGGAAGGAUUUGACUUCGCCAAGGCUUUGUUGGGAAUGAUUGCGUCCUCCGCCAUUCAAAGAUUUGUCUACAAGCUCAUUAUCAGUCUAGCACUGACCAGAGAAUUAAAGACGGACACAUCCAAUAUUGCUUUCUGGACUGGUAAAUGGUAUUCCAUGGGUUGGCACACGAUUUCCCAACCUGGUCGUGAAUUUCUUUGUAAGAUCACUGAGCUUGGGAUGUUUGCUGGAGACUUUGUUCUUGGUCAUCUCCUUCUCUUCAUCAUGCUUCCCAUCAUCGCCAUACCUCAAAUUGAUAAGCUCCAUUCUGUGAUGCUCUUCUGGCUUCGUCCCAGGUAUGUUUAUUUCAAUUUCAUCUCUACAUAGAUCAUGUGCUGACUCACUACUUCCAGUCGUCAAAUUCGUCCUCCAAUCUACUCCUUGAAGCAAUCCAAGUUACGAAAGAGACGUGUCUGGCGGUUUGCUGUCAUAUACUUCGCUCUAUUUGUCGUCUUCCUCGCAUUGCUUGUGGGCCCACUUGUCGUUGGCAAGAAGAUUUUGACCCCUUCCUUGAUAAAAAAGAUUCCAAUGCAACUCUUCCAGCCUAUCAAUCAGAACAACAAUGACACGAGAGGUUACAACCAGACCGGUACUGGUUGCAUAACAUGCUCCACAGCCUCUGCCACUUCAAGCAAGACUGCUGCUGCCAAGGUUCGAUUGUUCUAAACCUCGGCAUUGUAUAGAUGGCUUCCGGGGCUGUAAUAUAGAAUGGGAUGGUAUGCAAUACAUUAAAAAACGAUCUUUGGAAUGGAUGCGUGGCCAUCGUCACUACACGGGGUGUUUUCCAAAUUUGAGUUUGGGUGUUUGCAUGGUAAACGGCUUUAGAUAUUUGUUUUCUGUUUUCUUCUUCCUCCUUUACUGUUCCAUAAUGACCCGAAUGCAAUACUGGAUGCUCAGGCUUGAAUCAACUAGCGUUUAAAUUACGGCUGUAACAUGUCCUACAGCGCAAAGAUAAUAGAGAGUCUUUAAAUGAAUAUGAGUAAAUUUUUUGGUUAUUCA